AUGGACACCGAGGAGUCUCCAAUGGCGGAGAUGUUCGCGCUCUUCCCGCACGAGUCGGCGGUCGUCAUGCAGCGGGGCAUCGAGCUCGGCAUCAUCUGCAGCUGCCUUCUCGUUAUUCACUGCUGGCAGCUCGUGAUGCGCUUCUGGUCUUCCCAGGAGGCUUCAGACGCCAUCCUCCGGACGCUUUGCCUGGCCCGGAUCAUUUGCGCCAUCCCGAGCCGGGACAGCGAGUACCUGAUGCAGGAUGAGCCCAACAAGGUUAUCAUCAACCCAAGCGAACAAGAUGUCUUCAGUGCUUUCAGUUUCGGUGCGAAGUUUCACGGCGUUCAACAAGUGAGCUUCAAGGUCUUCAUCACCCACAUCCCCCUUCAAUCAUUGAAGUCUUUGAUUGAUGAGGUGAAGAGUGGCAAAGAAAACUUCCACGUGAAGGUCGAGAAGAUGGUUCGUUGCCACCCCGAGGUCGCAAACUUCAUAGCCGUCCGAAACUACAUGAAUAGCAUGAUGGACAAGAUUGAUAACCUGUUGAUGAACGCCACCGCUUCCGCUACAACAGCGAUGAGGAUGAGCGAAAAGCAACUUCAAGCUUGCCUAGCUCCUGACUUGGCCGAGCAACUUCAGCAAGAGCACCGUAAAGCCAAACAGCCAGCCAAUCCCAAAUUAAGAGACACCUGCAUCCAAGGUUCCCUGGCAACCAGGAGGCCGAGGGAGGAGGAGGAAGUGGAGGAGGAAAUAGAGGAGGAGGAAGGAGGAGGAAGGGUGACCUGGUGCGAAGCUUGUGAGACCGUCAAGUCCAUCAGUCCAGACCCCUUCCCGGCAUUCAUUGUCGUGGCAGAUACCCUUGGACGUGCGAGGCGCACCUUCUUCCCCAAGACGGCAAAGAAGGAGCCGGCAGAUGAAACUGGCAGGGUUCACAAGUUACAUGUGAGGCGACUUCGACAUGCUUUCAUCCAUGUGGUGCCGGAGCUCCGCUCGGCCACUUCCCGGCUUGAGGACUUCGUCAUCCAAUGGAAGAUGUUUUCUAGAGCUGAGUCAGGACCAGCCUUGGUACUUAAGCGAUGGCUUCCUCCUCGAAGCGAAGCUGCUGCAGGAUGCACCGCCGACAUUGACGUGGCCAUAGACAUGGUUCGGACAUUCGGACUGCAGCUUGAAAGGUUGCCUAGCUCCCGGAGCGUUGGUGGCUACUGA